AUGCUGCGCCGCAAGCCCUCCAACGCCAGUGAGAAGGAGCCCACUCAGAAGAAAAAGCUCUCCCUUCAGCGCUCCAGCAGCUUCAAGGAUUUUGCCAAAUCCAAACCCAGCUCCCCUGUGGUGAGCGAGAAGGAAUUUAAUCUGGAUGAUAACAUUCCAGAAGAUGACUCAGGUAUCCCUACCCCAGAGGAUGCUGGAAAGAGUGGCAAAAAGCUGGGGAAGAAGUGGAGGGCAGUGAUUUCCCGAACCAUGAACAGGAAGAUGGGCAAGAUGAUGGUGAAGGCCUUGUCAGAGGAGAUGGGAGACACUCUGGAGGAGGGCUUAGCCUCCCCAACGUCCCCAGAAGGCAGCCUGGACAGCCCCGGCCCUGAGAAGACGGUGCUAGCCUUUUCAGAGCAGGAAGAGCGGGAACACUUGGCGCUCAGCCGCCAGGCCUCGACGGGCAGUGAGCUCUGCAGCCCCAGCCCAGGCUCUGGCAGCUUCGGGGAGGAACCACCUGCCCCCCAGUACACAGGGCCCUUCUGUGGCCGGGCACGAGUCCAUACCGACUUCACUCCCAGCCCCUAUGACCACGACUCGCUGAAACUGCAGAAAGGAGAUAUGAUCCAGAUCAUUGAAAAGCCACCCGUGGGCACGUGGCUGGGCCUGCUAAAUGGCAAGCUGGGCUCUUUCAAAUUCAUCUAUGUGGAUGUGCUGCCUGAGGAGGCUGUGGGGCCUGCCCGCCCCAGCCGCCGACAGAGCAAGGGCAAGAGGCCCAAGCCUAAGACUCUGCACGAGCUGCUGGAGCGCAUCGGCUUGGAGGAGCAUACGUCCACCCUGUUGCUCAAUGGCUACCAGACACUGGAGGACUUCAAAGAGCUGCGGGAAACACACCUCAAUGAGCUGAACAUCAUGGACCCACAGCACCGGGCCAAGCUGCUCACAGCUGCUGAGCUGCUGCUGGACUAUGACACUGGCAGUGAGGAGGCAGAAGAGGGUGCCGAGAGCAGCCAGGAGCCAAUGGCACACACAAUGUCAGAGCCCAAGGUGGACAUCCCACGCGACUCCGGCUGCUUUGAGGGCUCGGAAAGCGGGCGCGAUGAGGUGGAGCUGGCGGGCACCGAGGAGCAGCUGCAGGGCCUCUCCCUGGCCGGGGCACCUUGA